AUGGCUUUGUCUAGAAGGUCAUACGCUGCUUACUCAAAGAUGGAUAAGGAGGACCCUCAAGAGAUAAUUCAUCGAAGAGCACAGUUCUUGAUCUACAAAUUGUUGGAGCAAGCAGAUUCUCGUAGUAAACAAUCAUGCCUCAGAAUCAGAAUAUCUAAGUUGAAGGUGAAGAUUGGGAACAGGUUAAGGAAGCUCAGGAAGAGAAUUAUGUCAGGUGUCUCUGCGGCUAGAGUUGGCAUUCAUGGACACGUUAUGAGUCAAAUGAAAACAUGGAAACGAGUGUUUGGCCGAGGAAGACAAACCCUUGUAACCAUUCCUCCUCUUAUCAAAUGA